AUGUUACGCAAAGCCCUCAUCCUAGUCCCCUGUCUGCUCCUGCUGAAAAGCUGUCAAUCAUCGCCUUCGCGAAGUGAAAAAUCGGACGAACCUCAUCAUCGACAGAAGCGAGUCCUGUGGCUGACCAACGAUGGACGGAUAGCGCUGCCACCGGGAACUGUUAUGACGAUAACGCCGACCAUAGCACUUCCGUUUGUUCGAUACCCACCUUACGGGUUUCUCAGCAACAUGACGAUCAGUCUGCCCUUCACAAUUGAUUUUGACAAACUGGGACUGACCGAUAACGAAAAUCCGUACGGUGCUCUUCCGCCAGUAUUCGACAGGGGAAUGAAGAGCCGUCAGGCUGGUAUGGUGAUGGCUGACUUUAUUGCCUCAUUCGUCAAGCGGAGACUACACAAACGUGAUUUACAAGAGGCCCCACCGAAAAAUGCAUUUCACGGCGGGGAACGGGCACUUCUGUAUGGCACUGCCGAGGAUAUGUUGAGCACCAUGGGACUCGACGGCAAGGCAUGCUUGUUAAGGGCUAUUUGCGAAGUUCAAGGCCAUCCACUCAAUAACUUUGGACUCAUUGGAGAAAUGCUCAGACUGUUUUUCACGGCAAGUAAGUCGCCAUUCGCGAAUUUACUCAAAGAAUACGUAGAAGCGGAAAAUCGGGGUAAACAGCAUGGCGAGUGUUGGCCUUACUUCAAGAACUGUCCGAAGUCGCUGUUUCUGCCAUCAGACAACAGAUAUACACAAGAUGCAGAUGUAGAUAAUUUGCAAUCAGACUUCACUGAAGAUGUUAACGAGGUUUUCGACUCGAGAGAAGAAGACAACAGGCAUAGUAGGAAGCGGACGAGUUCAGCAAUGUAA